AUGGAGAGCGGGAAGUGGAGAGCGGAGAGCAGAGAGCGGGAAGCGGAGAGCGGAGAGCGGAGAGCGGAGAGCGGGAAGCGGAGAGCGGAGAGCGGAGAGCGGAGAGCGGGAAGCGGAGAGCGGAGAGCGGGAAGCGGAGAGCGGAGAGCGGGAAGCGGAGAGCGGAGAGCGGGAAGCGGAGAGCGGAGAGCGGGAAGCGGAGAGCGGAGAGCGGGAAGCGGGAAGCGGAGAGCGGAGAGCGGGAAGCGGGAAGCGGAGAGCGGAGAGCGGAGAGCGGAGAGCGGAGAGCGGAGAGCGGAGAGCGGAGAGCGGAGAGCGGAGAGCGGAGAGCGGAGAGCGGAGAGCGGAGAGCGGAGAGCGGAGAGCGGGAAGCGGGAAGCGAUGAUCCUUGUUUUGUAA